GAAUCAUCGGUUCGCAUACCCUCAAUCUGGUGCUUUCUGCUGGCAUCCCGCCCAAUCGCGUCUUUGUCUUCGCAGACCCGAGCCAGUAUCACCAGUACCAGAAACUACUACAACCUCACGGUGUCAACGUGAUCGAGGGCGCCAAGGGCGUAUGCCAGCAGAGGAACAAGAUCAUGAGCUUCUUCCCAGUGGGGGCACACAUUGUAGAAAUGGAUGAUGACAUCAAAGGGCUGCUUUGCUCCACAGGCUCCCUUUGGAAUGUUCUUUCUCAAGCAAGCUGGCACCCGAUCGCCGGACACGAGCAACCACUCAGCGAAGGCUGCGUUCUUUGGGGAGUCUACCCAGUAGCCAAUCCUUGGAUGCUCUCCCGGACCUACUCCACUGGCUUGACGAAGGCAACCGCUCAGAUGAUGGGGUACAAAAACCCUGGCGCGGAGAUGAAGUUGACCAUGCCCGUCAUGGAGGACUACGAGCGGAUACUUCGCCUCUACGCUGCUGGAAAGCGCUGUAUGCGCUGCGACUACCUGGCGGUGAAGACCGCUAACAAGGGCCCCGGUGGUUGCGCAUCAGCCUUCACGGAAUACAAGGUGAUCGAGGACGAGACCCGGAAAAGCUUGCCGGCCAUGCUCCACCCCCGUGAGAUACUGGAGUCACAGGUUGCCCAGCAGCUCCGAGAGCUGUUCCCGGAUCUUGUGACUUCCGUCACCAAGCCCAAGCCAAAGGAGAAGCUUGGCUCCGCCCGAGCCAGGUAUCAUCCUCCAGGAUGGGUCGUGACUUUCUCCAAGCCCAAAAUCCGCUAUAUCUCAGCGAAAGAUGUCUCCGGAGACUUCGCCGAGAUGUUGGGACUGGGACCUGGCAUCGUCCCCCAGAAGACAGUGGGCAAAGACGGCUUCGUGGUGGAUUUGCGAACCAACAAGACGAGAAGGCUCCGGCGCCGUAUGGCGCGACUGGCAACGGGCCUGACCAAGGUGCACAAGGAGACUUCCAGAAAGCCAAGAAGGGGAAACGAAGAAGAUCUGAAGCGACCCAAAAAGGAAAGAGAUCGGAAGAAGCGGGGUAAGGUGCGCGUGAAAGACCCUCGGCGCCGGCGCCGGCACCGAGAGAAGAAGGACGAGGAGCUACCAGAUUUUUUUAUAUUUUUGAGAACUGAGAACUUUUCCCGUAUUUGGGUUUGCUUGGUUAGAAAAGUUUUGCAGCUUUCGCGCUGUUCGCGGUGA